AUUGGCAAUUUGUUAAAUUAUUCCCGCGCGCGCUACCGUACCAGACGCCAUGCUGGCAAAAUGGACGCGCGUAUUCACGCAUGCGUGCAGAUUGCAAUAUGUCUCCUUUUUGUGCAGAUAACUUUACCGUACAACAUCCGCAACCACCCGUGUUGCACGGAACCCAACGAGAACUUAACCCUUGCGAUGAUCAUCGACGCCUUCGAGAUCUACGGGCACGACCCCACGGACAAGCUGGACAACCUGUGGCUCUACCAGAACGAGAUGUUGCGGGUUAAGACUGCUGAAGACCAGUAUCUCAUCAACGAAAGAGUCCACAUAGCAACGGAUCAUUUGGGCCGUUUCGUCAAGCUUCACAUACAGGAGUUAAAGGUCCUGCUGAUCACGUUAGACGAUGUGAUAGACAACAUGCUUACAAUGUAUGAGAACCACAACUCAGUAGCUGCCGAACGAAAGGCGACUUACACUGGAGGGCCAGUGCCCAUGGAGUUUUAUAUGAGCCAAGAGUUCUACUGCGGGAAGAACGUAUACAUAUUUCUUUCGGAGUUGUACAGCGACAUCUACAACAUGGGCCGUGGAGUUGCUCCCUACUGCAAGGAGAGGUCGUUCGUCUUCCUCGGCUUCCUGCACUUCCACGACGAACAGAAGUACUACCUGCUGGAUGACCCCAGCAUAUCAUUUCCAACUGAUAAUUAUUUACAUGGUUUGGAGUGCCAUACAGGGCUUUGUGUGUUCAGGUUCCCAUUCAAGAAGUUAUUACAAAGAGUCCGCGACGUGUCGACUCUACCAAAAGCUAUAGUCAAGUGCGGCACGGAGAUGUACAAGCUGCCGCCACUUUCGGCAGCAUCCUGUAUUAUCACGUCUGGCUCAUUCAUACUGGACUUCAAUAUACAGGGUGUGCGCUACAGGCACUAUGAUUACUUAUUGACUAUACCAAAUGGAAACACGUACUACACUAAGGAACCUCAUUCUCCGCUGAUCUGUGACCAUCACGUCUGCGAGUGGAACUACACUAACCACUAUGGAGGUCCAUUCCUAAUUCCCGGCGACCCAGGGACCGGUAUAGAUCCAGUGCCUCCGUACAUCGAACCGACUCCCAAACCAGAUGGAGAUGGAGACGACGAUAACAUUACAGUCCCUUUUAUCCUGGACGGGUGCCUGUUCAUGUACCCUCCAAACUACGGCUCCAUUGCUGGCAAGAGCUACCUGGACUCCAUCGACCUACACGACGACAGAUUUACCUGUAAUGCCGCCGGCGGGAAUAAGGGCCUAUAUUGGUACCCUCAAUGGAUGGGCACCGUGCCGCACCACCCUUACCCCACGAUGGGAGAGGAUAAGGACGGGUUCGAGCCGCCCGGCACUUUCUACCCGCACCAGCAGGGCUACGACAUGGACGAACUCGAUAUCGACAACUAAUAUAUUUUAUAGAAAUUAUACUCUCUCUUAUUUCACUACCCUUUAAAUAGUAAUGAGUGGUGACCAAGGACAGGUCGCUGGUGAUAGUGAUAUCUACUUUUACUGAAACUCCUGAGGAGGGACAUACAAGACAGGUUGGUU